AUGUGGGAAUCCAGUUCUUCGCGGCUGCGAUCGGCGGAUUUGCUUUUCUUGGGGGCUGAAAUCGCUCACCGUAUCACAUCGCCCGCAGCAAUGCCUCCAUCCACGACCAAGACCGAGACCGAUAUCAACCAUAGCAUCACGAAGCGUAGAAAAGAUGAAGCGGCCACCUUCAGGCUGUGGACAGAACCCGCGCCCUCCCAGUACACCCUUGCAGCGAAGACGGCGAGAUGCAGAUGCCUCCGAAAGCACCCAGGGCGCAGUGAGGAUCCCAAACUGAAGCAAAGCGCCAUUCCGAGCGACAGCGUCGAAGCUGCGGGAAUUGGGAGCUCUACUGCGACCGCGACCAAGGGCAAGAGAAAAGAAAAGUUGGUAGAGGCAAAGGGCGCGGAAGCGGACAGAUCUCACAUGAAUGCGAAGAGCAUAUGUUUGCGCAGAUCGUCUAUGGUUCUAGAGCUCCCAAGAACGUAUAGGAUGCGGAGUGUGUUGGGUGAACAUGUUUUGGAUGGACAAGGACUUCCGUCGGGCAGCAAAAGGCACAAAAGGAAGAAGAAGACGGGUAGCAGAGCGAAGGCGGCAGGAAAAGGCGCAGAUCGGAAGACAAGACCUCUGAACAAGAGGAUACAGAGAGGUUGGAGCAGUACCGCGCAGCGGAGCCAUGCACGGCAAGCCUUCCGAAUGCACUUUCGGACGCCUUCGAGCGCUGACCUGAUCAUGAUUCGCGAUUCUCUUCUCACACAUCCACUCGUAGAAAAUGAGCAAAAUUCAGCAAUGUUUCUGCAAGGCUUCGACUCGCUUUACGCAGUGCCAUUUCACGAAGUGGUGGGCGCCUCUUUGACUGAACUCUGCGGGGAACAGUCCGGAAUCACUCCACAUUCUGUGCUUUCUCUGGAGUCAAAAAGGUGUGUACUGAAUUUUCUAUGCAAGGGAAAGUUGAAGGAUUCUUUUGUGACAACCAAGCCUCAAGCUUCCUCCGCGCUGGCUUCCAGCCGUCGGGGGUUCAAGCGCCAAGCCACGCCUCGAAUCCCGAGGCCAGAGGUUGAACGAUCAAACAACACGGCAUUUGUACACGGCGAACAUGGUUGCCUCUCAAUGGAUAACCGCGAAGCACAACUUGUAAUUCAGCCAUCCGCGCCCAGUCAUUUUCAUUCUGUGACAAUCAAGCGCCAAGUCCAAAUCCCGAGCCUGGCCAAUGCGCAGCACCUCGCGUCGCACUCCGAUGACCGCUGCGAAUGUUUGCCCGCAAUACCUCCAACAACACGGCAAUGUCUCAUCUACCGCUUCCUAGAGCGAAGACAUUUCACGCCUCUAGAAUCGCACGACCGCAUGACUCGCAAGAUCCUACGACAGUACGACAGCACGAAGCACGAAGCACGAAGCACGAAGCACGAAGCACGAAGCACGAAGCACGAAGCACGAAGCACGAAGCACGAAGCACGAUCGCGUAAGCACGACCGCACGAGCACGCCCGCAGGAUGCAGCGUAUCACUGUGGUCAAGCAAUAUGCGAGGUUUUGAAGGGAAGAGUUGCGAACUUGUCCGGUGCACGUUCAUCUCCGAAAGCCCCUCGUUUAUGUUCCAAUUCGAUUUCAAGACAGCGAGCUUCGCUUCGACUUCGCAAGCUCGCAUCUUGCUUUGCUCUGCAUCUGAGGACCGAGAUAGAACAAAGAACGAAAGGAGGUGGGUUCAUAUCAGCGCGAGUUGGUCGGACGUUACUUGCUACGGAAUUGUCUCUAUUCGUUAUUGGGUAGGUAUCGCAUUCUCCUCCUUCAUUCUCGGCUUCUAUUCCGGAUUGACGAGGAUGUCGGCCUUCAAGCCACCCUCUUCCAUUGGCGCCAAACCACGCUUCCGCCGUGAGCUCGAUUACCCAUUCUGCCCACAUUCGCCGUUAACUUCUUCAAACUCAUCCGUCCAGCAGCAGGGGGAAAGCAACUCGGGUCGUGCUGGAGUGCUAGCGGAGAGAACGAAGUUCCCCAUAGUUUCUGGCAAUGAAUCAAGCAUAACCGAACCACACGGCGGCCCAGCACCAAUGUUAGACUGGAAUUGUUCAUGCUUGCCGAGCACUUCGACGAGGAAUUCUCAGCAACAGAUGCCCGAGAGUAACAGGACUUCCACUACCCACCCAAGUCGUCGUAUAGGUAACGCUCGUGAAAGCCGAUCAACCAAAUCAUCGCCCCGAGAUGAGCGCCAUACGAUCAGAAAACCUGACUCAGCUGACGUCUACGAGAUAUACAUACAUGGACACCGAUGCUCACUCAGCGAACUCCUCAGUCGCCUUGCAACAUCGGUUGGGCAAAUCACGCACAUGCAGGCAGCAGCCGAUCUAGCACUUCUGCUCAACUGUGGAGCCAACAGCCAGUCCAAUUCCACAUUAACUGUGCAGGCGACAGCCGAUGCAGCACUCUUGGGCAACUGUGCAGGCUACAGCCAACUCAGCACACCUUUGGUCAACUGUGCAGGCAACAGCCGAUUCAGCACUCCUGGCUCACUCGCCACGCCGACCGCACCAGGGAUCGAGUUGCUGGGCUCCGACAAGAGGCAGGCGAUGCAAAGCAAAGGGCCGCGGACGGCUGCGUCGCCCAGAUCACUCACCAAUGCGGCUGUUCAUGUGGGAGCCAAGGACAAUGUCGCUUCUGACCCCCAGACGAUAAGUGCUGCGAAGGAGCUUGGGGAAAAGAGGCUUGCAGCCGGAGACGCGCCAUCUCCGACGAAGACACCUGGGCUGGCGCAACGGCCGCGCCUGACAAGUGGCGACUGCCACCAUCGUCAGCACGAGCAUAGAAACCACCAUGCAGUUCAUCACCAUCAUUGCAUAUGCGGUGAAGGCGGAGUGAGUGGAGACCACGAGGUGCAUAAUGUCGAGGGACAAUGCCACACCUACACCUGUAAGAUGAGCGUGAGUUGUCCAGACGUGCGGUCGAUCAGGAAUCAGGAAUGCAGCUGCAGUUGCUGCAGUGAUGUUCUUGGAAGCUUCGAUGCCCGACCACAGAUGACCAAGUUCGUUCGCUCCACCAAUGAGACGGAGGAUUGUGGUGCUACCUAUGGCGCGGCCAGAGGCAAAUGGCGUCUGCCUCCUCACGAUGCGUGUCUAGCACUGGGUUUUAGUGACCUCCAGGUUACGGUUAUACCUCAGCUCGAUCCAGCGAACUCUGACGUGAUGGAGUACGAGACCUUUGAUCCAACUGGAUCCCAUUUCUCUCGCAAGCAUAUCCCACCCGCCCUUCGGAGGUCGAUGAAACGAAACCUUUCCCUGCAACUACCUCUGCUCAUAUCCUCUGCGCAAACCACCAUAGCGGACGUCUCCCAGGGCGAGAUUUCCACAACGCAAUGCUGGUUACGACCUGGUGAGACGCCAUUGACGGAGCCGAGUCCGAGGGUGAAAUCUCGGACGCAAUAUGAGAUCGAAUGGCAUGACGAAUCUCUCAUCGCGUACCUUCAGCAUCGUGCAGAACUACCGAUACUGAACAAACCCAAAUGCGGGCCUUCUUGUCUUUGCUGCUCCAGAGAACAACUUCCGUGUGUCAUCGAGACUUACCAGCUGUGGUACAACUGCAAGGCCUUCAACUUCCUUGUUUACCAACCGAACAUGGAGAUGAGCACACGGCGUUGGACAUACGUUCACUCCCAACGAGGUGCCGGGCGACUUCAAAAGGCACCUUCGACAGAGCGGCAUGCCCUGAUUCUGCGACGAGGCGCCCGAAGAUGCGAGAUUCGAAUCCGCCUACGGAAGCAGGGAUCACUUAUAUGCUACAGCGUACAGGCUCGUCGGAUUUGGAGCGCCCCUGAGCAGCUUGUGCGUCUUUUGCAUGCCUUCAUGCUCGAUCGCCACAUCGGAAGAGACGACUCCGUUCACAGACGCAGGGAACAUUCAUACACUUCAGAGCGCCGCCUCAGCAGAUCCCACUCGAAACCAAGAGCGGCACCAAGCACCUUAUACGCGUUUGGUACGCCCAAAUUCUUGAUGGAGAUGCCGGGCGAGGUGAAUUCGCUCACAAAAGCAGGAACAAUUCAUAUACUCCCUUAUACAGUCUCAUGUGAUCCCUCCUGCUUGGAAGCCGAGAUCUCGUUCAUGUUCUUGACAGAGAUCCCAUCCAUGCUCUUGAAUGCCGCCUUGUUGGGUACUAUUCAGGUCCAGAGUGGCGGUGAGCAGCCUGUGCGAUGGCUUUGGCGGCGGUCGAAUGUUUCACCGGAUCCAUGCGGGAACCGGGGAGGCCUCACUGAUUGCUACCUCUGCAUUAUCUCUCCUUUUGAACCACGGGACGUAUCACUGUCCUCCGGAACAGUGUCUUUCGUCUGCCGGCGUGCGACAGAACAGUUCCGAUGCGAACAUUCACGCGACAGCACCAAACUAGGACACUCAACGCUCUGUCUUCUACGUCUCGGUGACAACCAAGCGUCAAGCCCUAACACCCUGAUACCCAACUUCGCGGCAAAGCUCCUCGGUUAUCACGACUUCGGGGACAAUUAUGCGCCAAGGUCUCGAAACAUCUUCGUCGCGAAGUUUCGGCUGUUACGAGCACUCUACACGUCGAAAAUGAAGCAGCCUAGAUGUUCCCUCCUCCCGCCAAGCGUCCCUGCAAAGUUCGUAGGUUUCACAAUCUUUCAAAGUUCGUCUGCUGUUGCAAUCCCAGCGACCACCAAGCGCCAUAGAGCAAGUGGCGACCAGCGAAUCUGUAGGGGGAACGUUCAAAACUGGUCUCUACUGCAACACUUCGAGUCUAUCUUCGUCUCGAUAUCGGGCAUUGCAAAGUCACCUUUUUCUGCAGUGACAUGCUAG